GGAGAGAGGUGAAGGAAACGCAGCACCUCAACGAUGGAGCAAUUCUAGGAAUAACGGCGAGCUCCCCCGCAGGAGAUACAUCAACAUCGUCAUCUACAUGACCAAAGAAAAAGGGCCGGCUACGAGACAAGCAACCGUAACAAUCAUGCAAUUUAAAUACAGACGAAUUUAAGCAACCGCUUCAAGGUUACGCCGCCUGAAGACGCCCCAUCAUCUCUCCCCCCCCUUCCUUGACGCAGAUCGGCUGGCGUAGGUUGGUUGAUCCAUCACCGGUAACCGACCAUGUCCGUGGAAGAGCAGCGCCAUCCCGACGCAGUGGUGUUGCGUGGGGCAGGUCCGGAGUGGAUGCGGUCCGAGAUCGAGCGUCUCGCCCGGGAGCUGGGUGAGACCACGAACGAGAAGAUCCAGGCGGCGGAGUACGGGCUGGCGGUGCUGGAGGAGAAGCAGCAGCUCAAACAGCAGUACGAUGACCUGGAGGUUGAGUACGAGGCCGUCAGGCAAGAGCUAGACCAACUGAAAGAGGCCUUCGGACAAGCCUACUCCAACCACAGGAAGGUGGCAGCCGAUGGGGAGAGCCGCGAGGAGUCUCUGAUCCAGGAGUCGGCCUGUAAGGAGGCCUACUACGAACAGAGGGUCCUCGAGCUGCAGAACGAACUCCGCCAGACACGCAACAUCCUCACCAAUACCCAGUCUGAGAAUGAACGCCUGAACACCAUCUCCCAAGAGAUGAGAGAGAACAGCCAGAUGGUGGAGCUCCAGAGGAAUCAGCUGCGCGAUGACAUCAAGGAGUACAAGUUCCUCGAGGCCCGUCUGCUGCAGGACUACACCGAGCUGGAGGAGGAGAACAUCUCGCUGCAGAAGCAGGUGUCCGUGCUGAAGCAGAGCCAGGUUGAGUUUGAGGGUCUGAAGCACGAGAUCCGUCGUCUUGAGGAGGACACUCAGUUCCUAAACAGCCAGCUGGAGGAUGCCAUCCGGCUGAAGGAGAUCUCUGAGCGUCAGCUGAGCGAGGCACUGGAGACCAUCAAGACUGAGCGUGAGCUGAAAGCUUCCCUGAGGAAAGAGCUCUCCCACUACAUGAACAUCGGAGACAGUCUGUAUCACAGCCCUCUUAGCAUUUCUCUGGAUGGUCUCAAGUUCAGCGACGAUGCCUCCACCGAGCCUAACAACGACGAGGCUCUGCAAGGUUAUGAGAACGGCUUCACCAAACUGGCCAACGCCAUCAACUAUGACAACUGUGUAUCCACGCCCAAGAAGGAAGACCUGUUUAAUCCUGCACCCAGCCUGGUGGACGACCUGCUGAGCGAACUCAACAUCUCAGAGAUCCAGAAGCUCAAACAGCAGCUGAUGCAGAUGGAGCGUGAGAAGGUCAACCUGCUGUCCACCCUGCAGGACUCCCAGAAACAGCUAGAGCAGGCGAACGGUGCUCUGUCAGAGCACCAGGAGAAGGUCAACCGCCUCACGGAGAACCUCAACGCCAUCCGUAAACUGCAGGCCAGCAAAGAGCGCCAGUCUGCCCUGGACAACGAGAAAGAGCGUGAUAGCCAUGAAGACGGAGACUACUACGAGGUGGAUAUCAACGGACCUGAGAUUCUGGAGUGCAAGUACAAGGUUGCUGUGUCUGAGGCAGGAGAGCUGAAGGAGGAACUGAAGACUCUGAAGACAGAAUACCAGGCCUGUCAGUCACGCUACGAAGAGGAGCGCACCCGUCUCGAGAUUGAUGUCACAACGCUGGGAGCGAAGCUGUCCACUCUGGAGAGGACGAGUCACGCCGAGAGAGAAGCGAAGAACAAGCUUGAGAAGGAGCUGCGCAAGUUGAGCGAUGUCGCAGGCGAGUCUCAGGGUAGUCUGAGCGUGGCACAGGACGAGCUGGUCACCUUCAGUGAAGAACUGGCCACCCUCUACAACCACGUCUGCAUGUGCAACAACGAGACACCUAACCGCGUCAUGCUCGACUUCUACAAAGAGGGCAAGGGUGGCCGGAGCAGCCCAGAGGGCCGCGGCCGCCGCUCUCCCAUUCUGCUCACCAAGGGCCUUUUCCCUGAGCCUGGUAAGACCGACCUGAGCGACGGUGCCCCUUCACCCGUCUCCUCUUUGCCUUCUCCCGUGUCCGGCCGCGAGCCCAUGAACAUCUACAACCUGGUGGCCAUCAUCAGAGACCAGAUCAAGCACCUGCAGCUGGCUGUGGACCGCACCACAGAGCUGUCCCGCCAGAGAGUAGCCUCGCUGGAGUACGGCACCGUUGCCGACAAAGACAAAGAAGCCUGCAUGGAGGAAAUCCUUAAACUGAAAUCCCUGCUCAGCACCAAGAGGGAACAGAUCGCAACCCUGAGGACUGUCCUCAAGGCCAACAAGCAGACAGCUGAGGUUGCUCUGGCCAAUCUGAAGAGCAAGUACGAGAACGAAAAGGCCAUGGUGACCGAGACCAUGAUGAAACUGAGGAAUGAGCUCAAAGCCCUGAAAGAAGAUGCUGCCACCUUUUCUUCUCUCAGAGCCAUGUUCGCCACACGGUGUGAUGAGUACGUCACUCAGUUGGAUGAGAUGCAGAGGCAACUGGCUGCAGCAGAGGACGAGAAGAAGACCCUCAACUCCUUGCUGCGGAUGGCCAUCCAGCAGAAACUGGCCCUGACUCAGCGCCUUGAGGACCUGGAGUUCGACCACGAGCAGACCCGCCGGGGAGGCAGCGGCACCCGCAAGACCCGCAGCAAGGCCGCCAACGGCACCCCCAACAACCCCCACGUAAGUCAGAGUCUCACCUGCUCUGGCUCCGGCCGCCCGGAGCACAUCAAUGCCGUGCCCAACGGCAUUCUUGGAGGCCCCGCGGUCUUUUGCAGCGAGAAGUACAAGAUCUACUGCGACUGAGGCUGCUGAGAAGUGUACAAGGGACUGCUGUGUACAGAGGGGAGGGGGCCUUCAGGCCGAACCCUCCCUGCCUUAGUGUUUAAGAGCCCCACUUGCUCGCUUAGCUCCUUGGCUGGCCUGCGCUCCUCUAGGGACUGCUGUGUGACUAACCAGCUGCUCGUGUGUGCUAGUGUAAACGCUUAGGGGAAUGCAGGUGUAUGUACAGUGUGCACUAGACGUCCGGACUGUAGUAGACAUACUUGGCAUGUGGAGUAUAGGGCCUGGCUAUAUUGGGGGUUUUGUGGAUAUUAUGGAGUGUCUAUUCUUUCCGCUGUCAUAGUGCUGUACAUGUAAAAGGUGGCAUAUUUUGUGCUUGUGUGUUCUGGCCCCCUGAGUGUAUUGCCUGGUAACAGUAACACAUUGUGGGCGUGGGGACUUGUAAAGAGGAUGUCAGUCUGACAGUCGUGUGACUAAAUAUGACAUCCUCUACUCUCCAGCCUGUCUGUCGGCAUCGGUGCUCCUUUAAAGACCCCAGGACUGACCUGUGUCCAGCAGCUAUCUGUCCAAUCGGGUCAUCGUUUAGGAAAAAAAAAAAAAAAAAGGAUCUAAAAUAUGCAAUCUCCCUCGGCUUUGUCGCCAUGGGAGCACAGUGUGAUUUUUACAAAGACAUACACAAAAACUGAAAAGUGGAUCGGCUGCUAUUUUUCUGAAUGAAAAGUUCGGGCAGACAAAAGGAGCACCUGUGACCGCAGGUGAUUUAUUUCAGGAUCAUUUUAUAAGCUGUGAUGCUAGCACACCAAUACUAUAGGGUCGGUAGAAUCGCAUGGCUUUGCAGCUGAAAACGCUUUUUGAGCUUUGAAAACCGUUUUUCUUUUUUUCUUUUCUUUCGUCAGGUGUGUGGUACAAGAGGAUGUAUAACAGGGCUCUACAUUGUGUUAAGAGAAGUCAUUUGGUGUCUGGUGAAACACAGGAGGGCUAUUCCAUGUGACCCGUUAAGUUGCGAUGGAUUCUUUCAGAGCCAUAUUCUAAUCGAGAGAGAAAGUUCGACAAAUCGAUCUCCACACACAAAUUAAGUGCACUUCGGCAAAAGGUGCCUCAGGUUCCUCCUUCUCUUAAAAUGGAUACAAUUACAAUUACUGUGAACAGAGAUAUAAUAUAGUUUUGAUCAAAGAUGAUUUUUUUAAAAUAUGGAGCAAAUCCUAGAAGAGCACAAAUCAAAUCGGCACCAACAUGUGUGGAUUAUUAUUCUGCUCAAGAAACAAAACCGACCACUCGGCAAAAGUGCCUGUCGACCCAAACACUUGAUAUAUGAAUCUGUUGAUGUAAAGCCCUGUCCUUGUGUCUCGACUUGAUCUGUCUCUCAUUUUAUUCCUUCUACCCUCCAUCCUCUAUUUCUGAGAGAUCUGAAAUCUUUUUUUUUUUUUUCUGUGGUGUUAUGGAUGAAAACCCUUUUCCUCAUGUCUCUAAUCUGUGUCUUGUCGCUCUGUUGCCACUACGACCUUCUCUCUUUUUUUAGGUUGUCAGCAGCUUGCUCCCCUCAGCAUCAACACUCACCCUUUAACUAGAAAGAGGAAUUGUGGGGGAAAUCCCCCCCCCAUAAAUAUAUAUUUUUGUCAGGUAAUGUCCUCACUUAUGUUGUGCUCUUGGUAUUUUUCUGUUUGUUUAUGAGCGUUGAAAUGAGCGGCCCUCAUAUUUGUGUCAUGUUAUUAACAUGGAGGGUCGCUGAUUUUUUUGGAUUUUUUUUUGGGUGUGUGAGGACAAAACCAUGUACUGUAGUUUCCACAAUAGCUUUAAACCCUUUGCAAACUAGUAUUACGCAAAUAGGAAAAGAUAAGUGGGGCUUGUAUUGAUAAAUCCAUGUACGGCUUGUGGAUCAUAGACACACUAGCUUCAUGAUGCUAGAAGCAGGGUUGAUGUGAGGAAAUCCUGCAAGGUUUAUUAUGAAGUGAUGCAUUUUCUACUACUCCUAAACGAUAUAUGAAACUAUAUUCUUGAUAUGAUUAUGUUCAGGUUAUAAUCUUGCAGGAUGCUACUACAGUAUUCCUUCCUCUCAAAUGUAAAAGAGAGGGAGCUUAACGAUUCCUCGAAAAAAGAAAAAAAGGAACAAUGUCAGCAGUCAACCCUGCUUGAGUGUGCAUCCAUAAGCCUCAGCACACAGCAUGGACACAACGCUAUUGUACAAAGUAGAGCAAAAAAAGAAAAAAGAAAAGAAAAGCAACCUCCUUAGAGGUCACUCACUCUUAAGUUUGAGAUUCACCUAACUUACUAGUGUGACAUGUUCUGUUUCUAUCAGUUAGCGCUGACUGAGAAAAAAGGGGGUUUAGGGAGUAGAGGUGGGAGAACUACUCAUGUUGUAAACCAGCUCAUGAGAGAUAAGAGACCCAGACACGCUGGUGAAGAGAGAAAAAAAAAAAAACAGACGUCGGGCUAAGAGCUGACUCUGUAGAGAAAACGAGGCCGGGGGUUCCCUGUGGGUUGAAACUCCGGUUUGUGUUGGAGGCAAAAUGAACUAUAAAAAAAAGUGAAACCUGGCUGCCUGAUCGACCGGAGGACAUUGAUUCAAAUUAGUCGAGCUCCUUACCUUUUCUCUUGUACAGGCUCUGUGGACUCACUGAGCAGUAGGUAGACACCCAGGAUGUGAUCGUGACUCUAGAUAGACGAAUUCCCACUUUUGCUCCAUCUACGUUGAAAUCAAUGUCUGACUUGCGUGGCGUCAUAACAGCAUGCCACCUAAAAUACUCCUCCUACCUCUGCUUGCAGGCUCCUCCCACCACACCUUUAAGUUGAACUCCACUCGAGUCAUCCAGUUUCUCAUUUUAUCGUAAGCCUGCAUGUCAAAAAAACAUGACCCAUUUUUCAUUCACUCGCAUGGCAUAUACAGUAUAUGAGAAACGCCGAUCUCCUUUGACCUGGGUGGUGGCGGUGGCAACACUCGGCUUUAACUCCGUCCUUGGUUCAAGUGAGUCACUGGCCUCCUAACAGCGGCAGCAACAUCCGCCUCGUUGAUAAGACCUAAAAAUAACACUGGCUGUUUCAGGUUCUCCUAACAUGGCUUCUGUUGCUUUGACUAACCUUCGGCCGCCUUCUGCUUCGUCUGUGUGGACUCAGCCGCUGAUUAAACAACAGUCACUCUAAGUUGACAAAUAAUGCUAACGCUGAUCAUGUGUCUGUUUCUCCAUUUUGCAGUAAUUACAGUAGUUCUGCGCGGAAGACGAAGUACCAACACAAGGUCCAUUCUCAAUGCUGAUUGAGCUCGCCGAAUAAAAGAUUAAGCACUAAUAUAUGUCAUUUGGACUUUAAGAUAAAGGCUCAAUGAAAACACUGAUCUUAAGUCAAUCCAACUUUCAGUUUAAACUCUAUUCUUAUCAGGAUGACCCUCGUUUCUUCGUGCUGCUGCUUUUGGAAGCAGGUUUCUCACUGGUCCAAUGAACUGGAUUUGUGAUUGGCUAAUAUAACCCUCCAAUGAGAAGCCAGGGGACAAAGAGUUAUUUCUCAAUGCAAAUCAAUAAGCUGUUUGGUCUGGUUUCAUCUUCGUUUUUAUUUUUUGUUAAUUUGUGUUUUGUAUCUGUGCACUUUCAUUAUAUAGGAUUAUAAUAGACUAUUUUUAACAUUGGAAAGCGUGGUAGUACUUUGGUUUGUGAGUAACUCAGUUUAGAUAAUAGGAUAAUACGUCCUCCUGAUUCAUCUUAAGUAACAAUAUCUACUCUAGUAACUGCUCCACAAACCACAGACCUACUAUAAUGAUCUCCACAUUUUAUCCAUCAAAUAAUCAUUCUUCGAUUGUUUUGUUACAUAAUAUGUUAUGCUGUUGGUUUUCUUUUAUGUUUGUUCUACUGCCAUGUUCUAUUCAAAAAAAAAAAAUCCAGGGUGAUCAAAUUCUGGGGUUUUUUCAUGUAUUUAUUAUUCCUAGGAAUAGUUCAAAAUAACACAAUGAAACUUGACGACGCUCUGACUCAAAUAGGUAAGUGGUGUUAUGGGAAAACUUUGAGUGAUAUGAUAUGCUUUUUUUUUUUCCCUAACUUCUUACCGAGGGCGUUCCACUGAACGGGAUCACUGGCUUACAGAAUUCUCUGCAAGUGCGACAAUUAAAUUCCAAAUUGGAAUUGUUUCAUUCUCUCUUUGUUUAUCGUGCCAUAUCUUGGUACACCAUUUAGGUUGAAAAGAAUCAAGACUGGGAAAUAAGACAAGCCGCCACUGACUGUGGCUGCCCGAGCUCGCGCCGGGGUUUUGUUUUUGGUUUGAUUAAUUCUUUGUUUCCGACCAGUAGUGCCUUUCAUUGUUUCAAGGGAGAAUCUUAGACUAGCAUUUUAUGUUUUCUUUAUAUAUAUAUAUAUACAUAUAUAUAUAUAUAUAUAGGUAGGUGAGGACUUUGGGUUCAAAAUGACUGUGAGCAGCAAUAAAUGCAAAGGGAAAUGCCCCCUGUCUGCAUGAGUGAGAUGAUAGUUUGAAAAUUAGCUCAAUAAAACUGAAAUUGUUUUGAAUUCUGCAGGUCAGUGAUCCAUUCAAUAAAUUCAGGGGUAUUAUAAAAAGGUUGUUUUUUUUUAUCAAACUUUGGGAACCAAAAGAAAAUCCCUUUGGCCUCCUGUUAUUGAACAAAAUGCUCCAAACAUCUGUAACGUGUUGGGGUGCAUCAGUGUACAAUUGGAAACAUCGACGUAUCUCUAACUUUGUUUGGUGAAGGUAAUGUGAUAUCAAUAGUAUUGUUGAAAAAUGUGCAGAGAGCGCAUUUUAUCUUUCUUUUGUCCAAUUUGAGUUCUGUUUGUUGUUUUUUAUAUUCUUUUUUUUUUUUUUUUUUUACUUCAUCUUUAAGCAUUGUGUUUUCAGUAAACAGAAAACAGAAAGAAGCAUCAACAAGCUUGAAUAGUGCCAUUAAAGCCAAUGCUUGUUUGUUGAGGCGUUAAAGUUACAAAUACGGAUGAGAAGCUAAAAGACAAAAGUGCAAUUCAGAUGCUGUUUUACGUGAAAAAAACAAAACAAGGUUUUCUGUUUGCUGGAAGCUAUAGCAUUGUGAUAAUACAAUUUAGCUGUGCAAACUUUAUAUUGUCAUAUUGUGUUCCAGUAUUGAUCCAUAAUGAGAGUUUGAUAUCUUUAUAUGAAAUAACGACUUCACCUGUAUGUUGUAUUUAUUUGAAUUGUAAUGCAGUACUGUAUUAUCAAUAAUGUGCAUUAUGAUUAGUGGCAUAUUGAUUACGGCUAAAUGUCAUAUGCAUGUUCCUCAGUCAUGGACCUUUACACAGAAUUGAAAAACAAACAUGUUAACUUUUGUCAGGAUGUUACAAAUUAUGGAGAGAAAAAAAAAAAGAAGAAGAAGUUUGAGUCUGAUGUAUUACUGCUGAACUAAUCCUAACAAAGUGUUUUGUUUGUUUUCCAGUAGAGAGGGGGGGUUUCUCUGUGUAAAGGUAGUCAUACUGGCUAAAAUCAAUAAAUGUGACUUAAGUUCCAAA